CUAAAUUACCAAAAAGGUCACAAACUUUCUCAAUAAUCACAAAAACACCACUCCUCCUCCUCAACUAUAAAUUCCCCAUCUGAGACUCCCUAGGUUUGCCGAACCAACUACUCUCAAAGAGAACUCAUAGAAAAAGAAAAAAAACAUCUCUCCUCUUCAUUCUAGAAGCAGUUAGAAUAAUAUCUCAAAAAAAAAAAAAUGGCGGUUACAUCUUCUAGAAACAGAUCAAUACGUUCUCCGUCUUCAUCAAGCUUCGCUUCCUCCACAACCUCCACCUUCUCAUCUCGUUCUUUCUUCAACAACCAAAAUCAUCAACAGCAACACCAACACCACAGAUCAGCCUCCCCGACACGUGUCAACCUCUUCACAUCCCCAAAACAAUCGUUCGGUUACUCAAUCGACUCCAGAUCCAUUUCUCCGAACAGAUCCAUCGCCGUUUCAAAGUCCAGCGUCAACAAGAUCCCCGAAUCACGGAGGAGAUGCAUGUGUUCGCCGACGACUCACCCCGGUUCGUUCAGGUGCGCUCUACACAAGAACGUGGCGAAUCCGCACGGGCAAGGGGCGGUUACGUAUCCUCCAACUAAUGGUUUGAAUAUGAGGAGAUCAGCGAUGACGAAUUCUCUGGUGAGGAUCGGUGGUGUUGAAGGUGAGUGGGUGAGGAGAGCGUUGACGACUUUGAUAAGGCCGUCUUCGCAUCAGCUGAAAAGGAGGUGUGCUUAUCAGCCUAGGCUUAGUAGGUUAUCGUCUAUGUCGAAAAGCGAGGAUGUUUGAUUUGGUUUUUGGUCUGUUGGAUUUUGGAUCGGCCACAGGAGGUAUCGUUUCUGGUGGAGCUGUGGCAAAGAAGUCUGGAUCUGAAGCCAGCUGAGACGGAGACCUGAAACGACGUCGUAUUAAGCUUUGUUUGUUUGUGACUAUGAAUUGUACAUAGUGCCUCAUAUGCAAAUGAAAGAGGACUAAGUUUCACUGUCUUGAAAAAAAUAUAUAGAAUCAAAGAACAGUAUUGGAAUCAAAUGGAACAAAGCGACUUGGUUUAUAUUUUGGAUUCCAAUUUCUUCAUCACUGACUUCUCGCAGUUGUUUGUUACGUCAACGUUUACCGUUUUUCGUUGACUCGUUCCGUUUACCGUUAAACCGUCGUCGUGUCUCCCGUGUUCCGUUGUAAUUUCCAGGUAUGCGUUGUUCGUCGUGUGAGUGAGGUAUGUAUCUUUAUUUAAUUCGUAUAUGUUAGUUUAGCUCGUUUUUUGUGAAUGUUUGAUCUGUUUUGUUUUUUAGAGGUUUUCAGGAUUCGCACCAUGUGGGAGAAGAACAUUGCUUAGGGGAACCGUUACAUUCGACUUUGGUUUUUAUGGACUUCGAUAAAAUGAAAUCGGACUGUAAGAAAGAAAGUCAACGUUUGACCUUAUGUUACUUAUGUUAACGAAGGAGAAGUUGAAUAGAGAUUUGGAGCCAAAGUAAUGAAUUUUGUUGGGACGAGUUUUUGAAUCAGAGAUGUAACAUAUGGUAAGGAGAUUCCUCAGUAAUGGCUUGAAAAAUAUAAAAAAUAUUCGAAGGAAUCAAGGACAAAAUCAAUUUAUUACCUAAACAGCUCAAAAAGGGUAAUUCAUUAUGCGAUUGCGGGUGAUUAUGGAAAGUAAAGUAUUUUGGGGAAGUAUUUGAGGAAAGGACAGCUGGCUGAUGAGUGGAGCACGUCACAGCAUGAGUUAAAAGUUCAAAAAACAAAUCGAGCAAAAUAAAAUUACGUUGGGGAAUCAACUAAUAAAAGAGGUAAGAUUGUCAGAAUCAGGGUAUUGGCAGAGACACGUCUUCCUUAUCUCGGAUCUAUUCAAGUUGAGAGUAUCUUUUCUACAUGAUUCAGAGAUCUCCUCCUGAUUAGGUUAAUAAAUAUUGCUUAGCUUUGAUUUGUUGAUUAGAUCGCACUAUGUUUAGAUAUUAAACUGGCAAUUGUUUUAUUAUCUAAUGGGAUUAUACUGAUGUAAACAUAUAUAUCAUUGUCAACAUUGAGAAUUGUUUUGCAAAAGAUAAG